CGAAUCAGUCAGGCUUAUUUACGUGUUAAGCUUUCAUAAAAAAGCAAGUGCUGUGGUUUGAUUCUUGAACAUCGUAGAUCAAAAGCAACUUUAAUUAACAUGACUAACGAUGCUAAUACAUUUAUACCGGCUUUUUACUCUCAUCGAAGCAUAUUCAUAACUGGUGGUACAGGCUUCUUAGGUAAAUGUUUAUGUGAAAAAUUACUAAGAUCUUGUCCGGACAUUAAAGAAAUAUUUCUGCUAAUACGGCCAAAAAAAGGAUUAACCAUCAACGAUAGGCUCAAAACUAUGUUGAAUAAUAAGCUUUUUGAUACGUUACGGAACGAGCAGCCAUGUAGUUUCGAUAAACUCACUCCUAUAAGCGGAGACGUAAGUGCUAAAGACUUGGGAUUGUUGCCGAACGACAGACAAUUAUUGAUCAAAAAAGUAUCGAUAAUUUUCCAUGUUGCGGCUACCGUGCGCUUUGAUGAGAGCCUCAGAGAUGCGAUUUUUACCAACUUGCGAUCAACGCGUGACGUUUGUAUUAUGGCUCAAUCCAUGAAAAAUAUAGUAGGUCUGCUUUAUGUGAGCUCGACGUAUACACAAAGCGACAAAUUCGAAGUAGACGAAGUCUUGUAUCCCACGGAAGUCGACUGGAGGCAAACGAUCAAGAUUGCUGAGUCUGUCGAUGAGAAUAUUUUGAAGAUAUUUACAGCGAAAUACAUAGGAACACUGGCAAAUACCUAUGUUUUUACAAAAAAAUUAGCCGAGAAAGCAAUAAGCGACCAUUCCAAGUCAUUGCCUUGCGUUAUUUUAAGACCGUCUAUAGUUAUAUCAUCAGUCGAGGAGCCUGUACAAGGUUGGAUUGAUAAUUUUAACGGUCCAAUAGGCAUGUUACUCGGCGGAGGGACUGGACUGUUACGCGUGAUUUAUGCGGAUUCUAGUAUAAUUUCCGACUACAUUCCGGUAGAUUUAGUAAUCAAAGCAAUGUUAAUCGUACUUUGGAAACGCGGAAUACAAAGUAUCUCUGAGGACAACAGCCUUCAUAUUUACAAUUCCUCUGUGAACAAUCAUAAGAGCGUAAGCCUAGAAGAGAUGAUACACACAGGAUUUCGUGCCUUGUGUGAUAUUCCUUUAGAACACACAAUUUGGAAACCGAAUACGAUUAUAGCAAAAAAUCGUUUGCUAUAUUACGUAUUGACGUUGAUAUUACAAGUUUUACCGGCAUUAUUCAUAGAUGCCAUAUUGAAAAUAAUCGGUGUACGUCCGAUGCUAUUGAGAUUGCAACAAAAAGUGUAUGUGGCAAACAAUGCUUUAUCAUUUUUUCUGGUUAAUUCCUGGAACUUUAAUAAUUCAAAGUUACUAAGCAUAUUUGAAAAUCUGAGCGCUGAUAAUGACAAGGAAUUUGGAUAUAAAUCAAGUUUGAAUGUUACUAUUGAACAAUUUAUGAGAAAUGGCAUUAUCGGUUCUAAGAUAUACUUACUCAAUGAAGACAUGAGUCGCUUAGAACAAGCCAGACGUCAUAACAAAAGGUAAGGUUAAUAUUGGAUAAUUAGAGUGAGUUCUAUUCUGCAAAAUUUUUUUUUACAAAUUUCGACUCCAUAUUAAUUCUCCGUUUGUUGAAAAACGUUAAUAUUCUUUAUGUAAGACAUUCAGGUAAAAUAUUGGCAUAUAACACUUUCUGAUAGGAACGUUUCACGUAAAGAGAAAAGAGACUUCACGUCGUGAGAUUAUGGGUGCGGUAAAAGUCUCACUGCAACUGUUUCGAAGCAUCAUACUAUCUUUAUUCUACAUUUAACGAAAAAUAAAGAUAGAACGAUGCUUCGAAACAUUUGCAGUGAGGUU